UUCCCGCAACAUAUGGUUUGGUUUGCUCGAAUAAACGAAUGGUUUGUUGAGUUUAUUGAGAUUGUUCAAACAUGAAAUGUCAUUAUGCCGUGUUAGGCGUUCCUAUUAAUGCCGAUGAUGACGUCAUUAAGAAAGCUUAUCGUAAAAAAGCGUUGAAGUGGCACCCGGACAAAAACAUCGAGAAUUCCGCAGAAGCGACGGAAAAGUUCCGAUUGGUUCAAGCAGCUUACGAUGUCUUGUCGGAUCCACAGGAAAAGGCUUGGUACGACCGACACCGCAAUGAUAUUUUACAUCGAAGUAACUUCGCGAGCUUUGAGGACGAAACUUCGAAUAUUCUCGACUUUUUCACCCCGUCUGUUUAUCGGGGAUACGGGGACAAUGAAAAGGGUUUCUUCACGGUUUAUCGAGAAUUAUUUAAGAAGAUUUCUAUGGAGGAUAAACAGUUCCACAUGAGCGACUCAAACGACGAAUUUGAGGAAAUGCCCGAGUUCGGUGAAGCGGAAAGUGAUUAUGACGAGGUUGUCCAUCUCUUCUACUCCAGUUGGCAAAGUUACCGCACCAAGUUAUCGUACGUUUGGAAAGAUAAAUAUAAUGCUAGAGAUGCUCCCGAUCGGAGGAUUGCGAGGAUUAUUGAGAAAGAGAAUAAAAAGGAGAGAGAAAAAGAAAAAAGGAAACGUAACGAUUUAAUACGGGAUUUAGUUGCAUUUGUUCGUAAACGUGAUCCCAGAGUUAAAAUCCACCGGGAGGAACUAGAGAGACGAGCAGAGUUACAAUCGAAAAAAGCUUCCGAGAAACGUGCGGAGAUAAUGAGGGCUCGUGUAGAGGAAUCAGCAAAGUACGAGGCGAUGAACCGCGACAAGAUGAUGGAAGAUGCUUCGAGGGUCGCACAACUUGAGGAUUUGCUUAAGGAUGAGUUUGGAUUUUCCUCUUCGGAGGAAAGUGAGGAGGAGUGGGAGAAUGAGCAGGAGGAGAAAGAGGAGAGUGGGAAUGAGGAGCAACAAGAGGAAUUAUAUUGUGUGGCUUGCAACAAACAAUUUAAAACAAAGAUGGCGUUGAAAAACCACGAGAAAUCGAAGAAACACCGGGAAAAGUUUGUUGAAUUACAAGCGGAGAUGUCACACGAUAAAUAUCAACAACAAGAAGAUGACACGUCCACUAUGGACGAGGCUACGAAUAAACCAAAGUUGACGAAGAAACAGAAAAAGCAACGAAAACAAAAGUUAAAACUUUUUAAUGAGUACGAGGAUGAUGAUGUCAUCAGUUCAGAUGAUGUCAUCAACCCAGAUGAUGUUACCAACAUCGAUAAAGACACUGAUGAUGUUAUCAACAAUGAUGUCACAAACACUGAUGACAUCACUACCCCACCACCGGAGGUCACUGGCGCCACCAAGAAAACGAAAUCUCGGAGAAGGAAGCCGAAGAAUCAACGAACAACUAAUGAUGUCAUGGGCAGUGACAUCACUAAUGAUGACAUCACAAAGCAAAGAUCAAAGAAUCAACAACGCAUCGUCAGCGAGGAGAAGCCGACCAACUUUUGUUCAACUUGUCGCACAAAGUUCCCAACGAGAAAUAAAUUGUUUCAACAUCUUAAAACUACGGGGCAUUCUAAACCAUUAAAGUGAUUAUGACAUCAUACUCCAGUUAUUUUGUGUAUUUCGUCGUAAAACACGAAGAACAAUCAAAUAUAUUUGUGGAUAUAGAAAUAAAAAUUCUUGUUUAAGGGGAAUCCCCGUUAAGUAAAAGCUGAUCGUCCAAGCGUGACAAUAUUGUGCUGAGUCGUUCGUUCGAUGCUGUGUCAUCGGUUUGUUUGUUUCGUCGUGAUGGUCGCUUGCGUCGAACCUGGUGGAAAUAUAUGUUGUUGUUCAAAGUAAUAUAUAAGUGAUAUACAACAUUAAUAUCACAUAAGAAUGACAU